UUUUCCAGCCAUGGGUGAGCUCUACGCUUCAGCAACAAGACCCUGUAGAUCUGGAGAGCACUGGGACUGAGGGGAGCAUUUCUAUGGACUUGGAGCCUUCCAUAUACUAUUCUCAGCCUCUGAUGAGACCAAUAAUCAAGCAAGAAAUCUCAAAUUCCAUGAGUACUUCUGAAGAACGGGGUGGUCCUUUGGGGCCAGUCUCCUCCAGGCACGCCUUCCUGCCGUGGGCAAACCCGAAAUUUGAGCAACAAUUCUCUGCGGGUCCAGAGAGUGUUGCCAUCCAAGGGCAUAUUCCUGGGGAGCUUCCCAGACAUCUUCCCCAGGCCACUAUGAGACAGAAGGUCCAGACCAUGUUCUCAAGUCUCGAGGGUGCUACUGUUGAGGGAGGCAUUUCCGAGGAGGAGUCACUGUCUCCCACACAUCCCUCCCAUUUCUUAGUGAGAUCUAAAGUUCAGGAAAUGCCCUCAACCCUAGAGAGUGCUGCUGCUGCUGAAGAAAGCAUUUCUAAGAAAUUACGGCUUCUGAAGAGUCCUUCCCACUCAUUCCUGAAGUUCAUGGCACAGCAAAUCUUUUCAGAUAGCUCUAGUACUGAGAGGGGAAUUUAUGUGCGUCCUCCGUCUCCAAGUCUCCCUUCCAAAUCUUUGUUGAGGCCUGAAGUUGAGCACCAAGUUUUCUCAGGUUGGGAGAAUCUCGACAUUGCUGAAAGCAUUUCUUUGAAGCAUGCUUUAAAGUCCCUGGGGAGGCCUGCAGACCCACAGGAAAGUCUGUCAUUUUCAGAGAGGGCUCCUAUGAAACAGAGCAGUUCUAAAUGGCAGGUACCUUCCUGGCAUUCCCCAGGGAGCCUUAGGUACCAGCCAGACGUCUCCUCAGUUUCUGGCAUCUCUUCUGAAGAAUGGAGGAGCUAUGAAGAGCAGCUGCCUUCCAGACACCCUUCUGAAGCCUUAGGUGGGUUUGAAUUCCUGCCACCAGCAGGCUCAGUGAAUGUCCCUGUUCAGUGGAGCAACCUCGGGGAACACCAACCUCCUAGGCAUUUGCCCCAAGCUUUUGCAAAUGCUGAGUAUCAGCAGCAGGUUUAUCCAGGUGCCAUGAGUGCCGCUGCCGACGUCACCAUCUUUGAGAACAAUUCUGGAAGCUGGUUCCCACCAAAAGGCCCAGUUUCACCAACGAAAACCAAGAAACACAGCCAAGGCUCCGAAGAUUUCACUCAAAGCAUCUCAACCUCAGCUCCUAAGCCAGGGAAGUUUAUCACUGCUCGUACCUGGAAAAUACCCUUUUCUAGGGAUACUUACUAUAAGGGGGAAAUUCUUCAGAGCGGUGAUAGAAGUAAUGAUGAUCAUUCACAUUUGCUCACCAGUGAAGCUGAAGCUGAUGUGGAAAAUCUUCCUGGAAUCCAACAGAAAAGAAUGUCUUCUCCACACAGCUAUAAGAAGGAGAGACCAGCUAGCUUUACCCAGCUUCCUUCACUGCCCUUGGGCCCAAUUUCAUCCAGUAGAGGCAGAGAGCAGCAAAUGAGAAGAGGUGCUUCCCAGGCGUUCCUGGACACCACAGACAGUCUCACCACACCACCUACCCGUGUGGAGAAGUAUCAGAGCAGGGCCAAAUAUGAAGGCGUGGCCAAGAAGCAACCAACUUACAAGAUCCCAGGAAAACCUGUCCGGCAAUCAGAUUAUUACGUCUCAGAUCCAGCUUGGUUUACCAUGGCAAGGCAGAAACACGAGGGCUCCCAGGUGUACACUCCUGUGAAAGAGACCAAGACCAAGAGCAGAGCUGGACCCAAGACUGACACUAAGGAGUAUAGACAUGGAACAAGACCCGAGGCAGCCCAGAAAACACCCCAGAAGGUUGCUGGAGCCACUGAUUGAGCUUCCAUUGGGGAUUUGCCAGACAUGCAGCAACCCCCCCCCACCACCAAACCAAUUUGAGAGUAUUAAUCAAGUCAAGGAGACACUUCAGGGGACAAGACUAGGCUUUGUACUUACAUAAAUAUAACCUGCUUUAUGCAGUUAAUGGGUUUAUGAAAAGUAACUAAUACAGGGGGAGG